CUGUAAACUUCAUUCUUUGGUCGAAACGCAUUAAUCAAAUUUGACAAAUUGUAUAAAAGAGAAAGGAAAACUAAGUAAAGGUACAUUCAACAUUUUAUAUUAGUGGAAAACAUAUAUUUGGAUUAUUGAUAUAUCUAGAAUGAUUUGACAUUGUAAAAUGGCGGAGGCAUUGGUAGAACUCUGUUACACUCACCCACAUCUUUAUAAACUUUGUAACAAAGUCAAGUGUAUACCAUGGCAACAAAAGUGCCCAUGUAAUGCGGAUUCAGAAUUUCAAUGUUCUCUGGGAAAUUGUAUUCCUCUAAAGUUAAAGUGUGAUGGGCUACAGCAAUGUAUGUAUGGUGAAGAUGAAGAAAACUGUCAUUUGACAAAUACAACUGAAGUGACGGAGAUACCAAAGGUUGAGGUAACAGAUAGCUAUAAACCAGAGCCGACGACUUCAGAUGAGGGGUUGUCUUUACCAGUGAUGGUCACUGUUGUGUCUUUUUCCGUGUUCAUUAUAAUUCUUUUGUUCAUUCUUCUAUGUUUCUAUAUCACAAGUAGACAGAAAAAGGACACGUCCAAAGAAUCACAGUCAGCAUCAGAGCCACUUCAGAAGAGCUACAUGACAGGAAAUGUUGAAGAUGCGGACUCGUCAGAUCAAUCCAGAGGGACCUUUAAACGAAGAGCAUACCGUCCUACCAGGUUGGAUCGUUCAAAUUAUUUACCCGUGAACGUCAAUGAUUUUCAGUCAGACUACCAGGUGAAUAUUCAUGAGGUGAAUGACGAUGGCGAUAUUUUCUUAGCGGAUAGUCAUUCGUCCGCAGAUCCUGGAAACGUUUGCGUCAAGGGUAGAAACAUGGCCAUAAAUUCUGAUGUUGAAAUAUAUAACACAGAUAUCAACAGCGAAUUUAGAGCCGAUGGUUUAGGGAAAUACACGUUUAAACCAACGUUAAACUACAUGAAAAGCAAAUCGUGUCAUGAUAUAGAUGAGGAAAAUGAUAAGUUAUCAAUGAGAAAUAGUUAUAAACAAUCCUUUCCGGGUCAAAGCAAUCCACGAUCGACAUCGACCUCUGACAAGGGUAGGGAUAAAUUCUCAACUAAGUUCGCUUCAGGCCUGUUAUGUUCAUCUACUCCAAGACAGUGUCAUAAACAGUCAAUAAAUUAUAUCGAUGUGUCCGGUGUAUGACAUGAUACUCUGGUUCUCUGAGAGUCGCCAUUAACUCCGACCCACCCGGAAAUGGAGCUAGAUCACUGUCAAAAGACGCUUUUAAGAUGUGUGCUUAGUGCUUACACGUUAAGGGACAACAGUUUUGGUUCCUUUGUCGUUUUUAUUCAUUUCAAAAUAUUAUUUUCCACAAAUCAAUCAGCAUAAUAUUUGCAGAUGUGCUCAAACACCUUUGUUGCACGUCCUUGUAUAUCAUUAUUUGUGUCAUGCCAUAAUAUUUAUUUCCAUAUUGCAUGGAAUAAAGUUGCAAAUGUUUAUCUGAUAUCUGUAUAUUGUGACAGUCAUUUCAUGUAAUGAAGUUUUAUUUAACAAAUGUGUAAUUUUCUAGGCUACAUAUCGCUCAUUAUAUGCAGUCAUUUAUUUAAAUGUUUUCAUUUGAUCAACAAGUGGCAUUCUAUUGUUCAUUCGUUGCAACAAUAUUGCUAAGCUAUCUGAGAAAAUAACUUUUUUUAUCUAAUGUUAAUGCAUGAGCAGUGCUAUUUAUUCAUUAUCUUCAUUGCAGUGUUUCUUUCUUUUUAUAUCACUUCGUCUCGACUUUAAUUAUAUGUUUUAUAUCGCUGUUAUUUAUGUUAUCUCUGUUUUGUCUUCAAGCUGUGCCUUUACAAUUUUAUAUUUGAUAAUUCAUCUCCUCUGCUAUCAAUUAAAUAAAGACAGUUAGUGUUUAAAAUGCUAGCGUUUAAAAUUUUCACAAAGCUUUCUAUUGUUUGUGUUCAGUAACAGUUUCCAAUACCGCUACUUAUUGUCCAUAUUUUGAUUAUUUUACUUUUUUGCAAUCAGUACAUUAUUAAUUGUAGUGUCUUGGUUGUCUUGGUAUACAAAAGCCAAAAUAUCACUUUGUGUCAUUUUUGCUAGUUUUAUGACUAGCAAUUUCACUUGCUUUAUGUUGUAAGCAUCUUACAUGUACAUUCUAUUAAUCUGUAGGCGCAGUUGUGUACAAAUAACAAGAAAU